AUGGUGGGAAGCUCCAUGGAACCUGCAACGGUGGGAUGCUCCGUGGAACCGGCGCAUUGUGAGCCACCCAUUCCACACACCGUAUCCGUGUACCUGGAGCUGGGGAGAGCACUGGGAGAGCACUGGGAGAGCACUGGGAGAGCCCAUCCCAGUAUGGGGCUGGGCAAAGCCCUGCAAAGACUGAGGUGCCGGGGGAAAAGCCCGGCGCCGCCGCUGUCCGGUGGCAAAAAGCCCCGUCAACCCGGGGAAGAGAGCAAAGUGCGGCAAUUAACCCGCAGCCUCAUGGGGCUGGUGCUGGGGCUGGUGCUGGCAACUCUGUAUGGGGCUCUGGUGCUGCUGGCCCAGGGCCACAACAUCUGGUACUGCCUGGUGACCACCAUCACGCUGGGCGCGGGGCUGGGGCUGGGCAUGGCGUUCUCCGUCAAGAUGCGCGUCACCGUGCUGCUGUCCCUGCCCUAUGUCUUCACCAAGGAGGGGAAGACGCUGCUGCUGCUGCUGGCGCUGGGGCUGGCCAUGCAGGGGCCCUGCUCCAACAUCCUGCACAACUUCUCCCGGGCGGCCGAGUCGCUGUCGUGCGGGGCCGAACUCGCCCUCAACCAGACGGCCGAGCGGGUGGAACGCGCCCAGAACCCGCUGAUCAAGGUGCUGGCCAAAAUCAAGGAGAUCGCCCAGGAAGCCAAGGUGGUGGGCGACCACGUCCGCAAGUUCUUCCGCUCCAUCAUGGACUCCAUCAGCCACGUCGGCCGAGUCCUGUACAACGUCUGGCACUGGUUGGCCAACAUGGGCAAGGUGUGCAACGAGGAGCUGGGCUCGCCGUACCACCGCUGCAUGCAGCUCUUCGACAAGGCCAGGGACGACUGCUUCCGCGCCAUCCCCUUCCUCUUCUUCCUCUGCUACAUCGUCUCCGCCUUCAAGCCCCUCUGCGGGCUGGCCAACAUCGGCCUCCUCUUCUGCAUCAUCCCCCAGUACAUCGCGUCCUUCCUCAAAGAGAACAUCGCGGAACCCGUGGCGGAUUCUCUGGACCGCGUCCGGCGGGAGUUUGAGUUCAACAUCUCGGCCUCGCAUCGCUUCGACGUCAACCUCAACGCCAGCAAGACGCUGAACGAGGUGGCCCUGGACAUCAUGGAGGAGGUGCACAUGCGCAUGCAGCCCACCUCCGAGCUCCUGGGCAUCUUCACGCACGUCUCCUUCAUCGCCAUCCUCUACGUGUACCUCCAGGCGCUGCGGUACCACCACCAGUACCUGCACGACGAGUCCUUCGACAACAUCUACAUCACGCGGCGGUUCGUGCGGCUGGACCUGCGGCAGGCGGAGCAGGGCAAACCCACCGUGCUGCCCCUCUCGGCCUGGGAGAGGAGCCGCUACAUCCCUCCAACCGCGCUGUGGCUGUGCCAGCAGGAGCAGCGGCGCUACGGGCUGCAGCUGGUGGGGGUCCUGCGCCACGUGCUGUUGGGGUUCAGCAUCGUCCUGGCCGAUUAUGGCCUUUUCUGGCUGCUCGACCUCAUCCGGCAUCAGCUGCGCGGGGAGAUCGUCGCCAGGGCGCCGGUGGUGAUGGGCGUCACCAUCAACGGGACCGGCUACACCAGCGAUAUCUUCCGGGAUUUGGUGUCCGCCUUCGACGUGCUGCAGCAGGGCAACGUCUCGGUGGUUUCCCAGCGCUGCCUCCUCUACCCCGUGGAGCCCGACUACACCACCUACCUCAGCAUGGGACUCCUCUAUGGCAUCUGCCUCUUCAUCGCCGUCUUUGGCGGCUACAUUGCGCGGCUGCGCCGGGUGGUGUGCGCCGCCUACUAUCCUCGCCGCGAGCAGGAACGCAUCGUCUUCCUCCACACCACCAUCCUGGCGCGGCGAGUGGGGCUGGCCCGCGUCCUGCGCCAAGCGGCCACGCAGCACGUGGCCGAUGCCAAGCAGGGCGGCGGGCUCCUCCGCUUCCUCACCACCAGGCUGCCGGUACUUGCCCCCCUGGCUCAACUCUUGGGCUUCCAGAAGAAACACUGCCUGGCUUGCAGGACAGCGCAGCGCGCGGACUUCGUCACCUGCAUCACCUCCGGAUGCAAAGGGCUCUAUUGCCGCGAGUGUUUCCAAACGCUGCGCAACAUCUGUACCGUCUGCAUGGGCCCCCUGACCUUCCAGGACACCGGGGACGAGGAGAUGGAUUCCAGCGACGAGGAGACGGUGGAGCUGUGGCUGUCGGCGGUGCGCGCGUGGCGCGGCGAGGAGCGCGGGCACCAGCUGCGCCGGGGCAUCCGGGAGAUUUUGGAAGGCCGGGGGGGCGCCCGGCGCUUGCCCCCCAGGAUGGAAGCCCGGCUACGAGCCCGGCUGAGAGAAGAAGCCAGCGGGGAGAGCGAUGGAGGGGACAGUGAGGUGGACGACAGGUCGCUCUCCAGCCUGGAUUUUGGCUACCAGGAGAGGAUGGAGAGCAGCGGCAGCGAGCUGGAGGAGGUGGUGACCAUGCGGCCGCCCAGCAGGCAGCGCAGGGCCUGGUGACGGUGCCACGCGGUGGUGAGGCCGCGGGGACGUGGCCGGAGCCCGAGCGGCGCGGUGGACGCCGGGAGCUGCUGGGGCGGGUGGGGGGGGUUGGUCAAUAAAGCGCCUGGUCCCGGUGCCCCGAGCCGGCGUGUGGUACCUCGGGGGGAUCCCAACCUCGCGGUGUCCCCAGCGUCCUUGGUGGCUUGUCCCUGCCGUGCCCUCAGCCCCACGCUGGCCCCAGCCCUGUUGUCAUGGGGCUCAAGUGCUGCUGUGCCCCCGGACCCUCAGUGUCCCCAUCCCCUUGGUCCUGUCCCUGCAGUGUCCCCAGCCCCACGGUGUCCCCAUCUCCAUCCCCUCAAUGCCCACAGACCCUCAAUGUCCCCAGCAUCGUGAUGCUCCCGUCUCCAUCCACACAGUGUCACCAGCUCUGUCCCUGUCCCCACAGUGCUCCCCACCUCCAUCCCCACAGUGUCCCCAUCCCCACAGUGUCCCCAUCCCUAUGUGUUCCCAUC